GUCCACUUCCUUCAGUCAUCUUCUUCUCUCUACAAAAGCACUUCUCUCUCUCUCUCUCUAAAAGCACUUCCGCCAUUAAAGCCACAAAGAAGAAAAGAACAGAACUAUUUCCCCUUCCUUCCCACACCUCCAUGGAUGACCCUUCCACUAACUUCUUCACAAAUCUCUUCAAAUUCAACCCUUCUCCACCAAACCCUCAUCCUCCUCCUCCUCCUCCUCCACCCUACUUCCUCCCCACUCACCCCCACGCGCCGCCGUCCUCUCCUCCUCUCCGUCAAGCUCUCCCUCUCCUCCGCCUCAGCCCCACCAGAUCAUCCCAAAACAACAACCCCCAACAAAAUUUUUCCUCCUCUUCCUCCUCCUCCUCUGCCACCGCGGCCGCCAACGUUUCGGUGACUGUUGCACUCCACAUAGGGUUACCAAGCCCUAGCGCCUCAGAAAUGGCAACCCUUUUGCUGUCUAGUAAUCAAAAUCAAGAGGAAGAAGACGAGGACGAAGACGACGAAGAACACGAAGAACACGAAUUAGAAGAAGAAGAAGAAGAAGAAGUAGCAGCCAUUAGUGGACUAUGUUUAAGCAAUAGCCGACUCAACAAAGGACAAUAUUGGAUCCCAACGCCAUCACAAAUCCUCAUUGGUCCUACUCAAUUCUCUUGUCCUGUUUGUUUCAAAACCUUCAAUAGAUAUAACAACAUGCAGAUGCACAUGUGGGGGCAUGGCUCGCAAUACAGGCGAGGGCCAGAAUCAUUAAGAGGCACACAGCCAACAGGGAUGCUUAGGCUGCCAUGCUAUUGCUGCUCGCCAGGGUGCCGCAACAACAUCGACCAUCCACGAGCCAAGCCCUUGAAGGACUUCAGAACCCUUCAAACUCACUACAAACGCAAGCAUGGGAUCAAGCCGUUCAUGUGUAGGAAGUGUGGGAAAGCCUUUGCUGUCAGAGGGGAUUGGAGGACUCAUGAGAAGAAUUGUGGGAAGCUUUGGUAUUGCAUUUGUGGCUCUGAUUUUAAGCACAAGAGAUCCCUUAAAGACCAUAUCAAGGCCUUUGGCAAUGGCCAUGCUGCUUACAAUAAUUCUAAUGCUAAUAACAAUCCCGAUCAUCGUCAUCGCCAUCAUCAUCAUUGUCAUCAUCGUCAUCACAGGUUCGAUGAAGAGGAGGACCCAGCUUAUUCGGAAGUCGAACAAGAUCAUGAUUGAUUUUGUUCUAAUGGGGUUUGGGUUGGUUUCUAUGUCAUUACUUCUUAGUAUGUUCUUCUCUCUAUAUAUAUAUAAUGGGGUUUUAGGGAACAUUGUUCUUAUAUAUAUGUUCAAAAGUUCAGGGUUUCUUUUUAGCCAUUGUAGCCUAAGUUUUUUUGUAUAUUGAUUUGCCAUUUUCAAUCAACUAUUGGUGUUUAUGGCU